AUGCAAGGCUGUCUCCGCUACGACCCUGUCCCCGUGACGGGCCCGGUGCCCGCCAACAGCGAGCGUGGCUUCCGGAGGCGCCAAAGCAACGUGGCACCCCCCUGCGGCCGCCUCCACGGCUCCGUUCCCCCGGGACGGCGUGCGGAGGCUGCACGCCGCCGCCAGGCUCCUCCGCAGGGCGCCGGCGCGGGGCGGCCCGUCGGGGCGCGCCCUGACUCGCGGAUCCUUCGCGCGGCCGCCGCCGUUUCCGCUCCGGGCGCCUUCCGGGACGGACCAGCCAGCCGGAAGCGGCCGGUCGCGGCGCUCCCCCGGGCCGCCAUGGACGCGUCCGCGGAGCUGCAGCUCUUCCGCCGGCGCUGGCGAGCCGAGCUGGCCCGCGGCGGGGGCGGCGCGUCUCCCGCCGGCGGCGGCGGCGGCAGCGGGCAGGAAGACCUGUUGGGCCAGCUCAUUCGGGACCUGAACGAAAUAAAUGAAGUCCCUUUCUUUGACGUUCAGCUGCCUUAUGAACUGGCAUUGAAAAUCUUUCAGUUCCUCGGCCGGACGGAGCUGGGGACAUGUGCACAGGUGAGCAAGACAUGGAAGGUGCUUGCAGAAGACCAGGUGCUUUGGUUCCGGUUGUGCCAACGUGAAGGUUACCUGCCUGAUAGUCAAAUCUCUGAUUUUCCCUGCUGGAAGGCGACCCUCCGGGACUGCCGGGAAAAGGAACAAGCUUUAAGAACCAACUGGAAGAAUCGUGUUGGUGCUGUGAGCCAGCUGCAAUACGAACUGGGGAAAGUUCUGUGUGAUGUGCAUUCUUGUGAUGGUGUGGUCAUUGCUGGGUACACUUCAGGGGACGUGAAGCUGUGGGACACCCGCACCUGGGACUACACGGCCCCCAUCCUGGAAGCGGAGCACGGCUUGGCAGAGUCCGUCCCUCGGCCGCACGCCUGCUUUGUGCGGAUCAGCAGCUCGCUGGCGGUGGCGGCUUAUGAGGACGGGUCGGUUAAAGCAUGGAGCCUGAUGACUGGGGGUGAGCCAGUCCAUCGUUACCAGCACAAUCAGAAGAUACAGGCACUCGCUCUUUCGGCCCAAGGGGCAGAGAUAGCAACCGCAUCAGCCUUCCAGGUCAAAGUGGAAAGCGCGGACGACAGGGGAUACUGGGCCACCACUGCAGAGUUUGACAUCCAGAAACUGGUCGGCGCGCUCUGCCUGGUGCCCCAAGUGAUGGGCUGCCCCGUGGUGAUAGCAACUGCAGAAGAGGAUGUUUACCUCCUGAAGACAGGUGACCCAGCCAAAAUUCUGCAUUCCGUCUAUGGCCAGCCGGUCACAUGCCUUGAUGUCUCGGCCAGCGAGGUGGCCUUUGGAGUGAAAGGAUUCGGUUGGCUGAUCAAUGAGACCAACAAGGUUCUUCUCUACAGCUUGGAAACGGGACAGUGUGUGGCACAGCUGGGCAGCUCCCUGGGCAGCUUCACCUGCAUCAAUCUCCAGGACAGCCCUCCUUCCAUGCUGGUGGCCGGAAAUAAAGACAGGCGGGUCAGGGUGUACGACCUCCGUAGCAGCAAACCUGCCUGCUCCUUCUACGGCCACCAGCUCGGGGUCUCUGCUGUGCAAAUGGACGACUGGAAGAUUGUCAGUGGAGGAGAGGAGGGGCUCGUUUGUGUGUGGGACCAGCGGAUGGGCACCAAACUGUGGGAAAUGCACGCCAGGCACCCAGUCCGCCACAUCUGGUUCAAUUCCCACAGCCUCAUCACCGCCAAUAUUCCCGAUGAAAAAGUACCCCGAGGGGCCAGCAUCAUGGAUGAUGACUUGACGGCUCAUCGAAGGAACCGAGGAAUCAUCUAUGCCUACGAGUUCUCGGUGGACCAGCUGACCGCCGAGAGCGUCCUCCCAAUUUGCCGCUCCUCUUACAACGAAGUGACUGGCUACAACUACAACAUUGGCCUGGCGGUCCCCUACGACAACCUCUAGCCAGGUGGGGAGCCAGCGGUGGCUGGUUGACGCCAACGGAUGUGGACUGGCAAGGACCCGCGUCACACUGCCUGGCAGCAGCAAGGGGCUGCAGUGGAGAGGAGGAAAGGCCGAGCUGCUCACCCGGAGCCAUCCCUUGCGUGCAUCCCGAUGCAGCAAGACGGAGGCGGCGAGGGAAAAGGAGGCAGCGGAAUGAGCCGGGAAGAGUCCCAGUGCUCUGCAGAGCCCCCGUGUGGCACAGCAGCAUCGGCGAAGAGAGGCUGCACCCAGGCAGCCGUGGUACAGAGGUGGCACAGCAGCCUUGGAAGGGCGCUGCCCUGCCAGCACCCCGCGUGGGCAGGGAAGCCAGAUGUGGCCGAGAGAAGCAGCUCAAGUUAGUGAGGAGGGAGAGACGGCUGCGGCAGAGCUGCAGGGGUGGAAAAUUGGGUGAACGAGGGAACUCUUGGAAGGUGCGGGAAGAUCGUACAUGAAACUGCACCAGAAAUUUGGUAAUUAAAGUCUCCAGAGGGGGAGGGAACGCCUCAUGGGAAAGACACUCUUUCCUGGGAGGGGAGGGGAGAGCGGGUACAGGGAUACCCUUAUUCUGUGGUCU